UCGUCGUCGUCUUCGUUGUCGUAGUCGCAGUCUGCGUGGGGACACACCUUCCAUGCUCCUUCUUUCCUCGUGUUGUGACACCUGCAACAGAAGCUGUGCCUGCCCGCGCUUGCACCUUCCCUGCUGCUUGCCUACUCCUUCGCGUCUUUUGCGUCGUCUCACUGUGUGUUCCACGUCUCCUUCGCUGCCCCCCCUUUGAGCCCUUUGUUUCUCGUUUCGCUGACCUGCUGCAGCAAGAAUUUGAGGUUGGUGCUUGUGUUGGGGUUCGAGUUGAGGACGUAGAUCGUGUCGGCCUGAUUGGUGGGUUCGUUUGUGGAGUGAAGCGGGUGAGGAGGAACGACAUUGCGUUGGUCGGUUUGUUUGCGGAGGCUUGGAGAUGGCGGGGCGGUACGAUAGAAAUCCUUUCGAGCCAGAGGAGGAGGAAGUGAAUCCAUUUUCUGAUCCAGUGGUUCGGGCGCAGGCAACGAAGCCGUCCUAUGGCGGUGGUGGCCUUUUUAAUGACCCGGUGUCGAACUCUAGAUUAUCUCCUCUUCCGCAUGAACCGGCAUUCUCAGGAGUUGAUGACGCCACGGUGGAUAUUCCACUGGGUGCUGGAAAGGACUUGAAGAAGAAGGAAAAAGAGCUUAAAGCCAGAGAGGAAGAAUUGAGAAGAAGGGAGCAAGAUUUGAAGCGCAGAGAGGAAGCUGCUGAAAGAGCUGGUAUUAGGAUAGAGAAGAAGAAUUGGCCCCCCUUCAUCAACAUUCUCCAUCAUGACAUCGCGAAUGAUAUCCCAGCGCAUUCUCGAGGAUUGCAGCGCUGGGCCUAUGCAAGUUGGUUAGGAAUUCUACUCUGUCUAUUUUGGAACUUCAUUUGCGUGACCGCAGCGUGGAUCGGGGGUGUUGGUGGUGUGAGUAUUUUUCUUCUCGGUAUUGUUUACAUGCUGUCUGGCUAUGUUCUGUCCUACUUUCUGUGGUAUAAGCCCCUCUACCGGGCAAUGAGGUCUGAUAGCGUUCUGAGGUUCGGGUGGUUUGUGAUGUUCUAUCUGCUCCAUAUCGCAUUCUGUGUGUAUGCCGCUGUUGCUCCUCCUUUCAUCUUCAAAGGAAAGUCGCUUGCGGGAAUCAUAACAGCUAUCGAUAUUUUCUCCUCGAAUAUAAUUAUUGGUAUCUUUUACGUGGUCGGCUUUGCCUUAUUCACACUUGAGUCGCUCCUCAGCAUCUGGGUUCUGAAGGGUGUAGUUCAAUACUUCAGAGGUGAAGGAGCAGCAGCAGAGAUGAAGCGGAACGCUGCAGCAAGCAGAGUAGCUAUCUGAUUUUACUGUAUUCUUAUUGUUAGUUGAGGGUUUCUGUCUGUGGAUGUACAAAUUUAGGUUUUCUUCUGUAGAAAAUUUCAGGAUUUAGUAAAGUUGACUUCGUCGGAGGUUAGCGUCGUCAAAGCUCAAUAUGGAACGUUGACAAAGAUCGCAUGUUGAGCUUGUUCUUGUCAUAGCUAAUUAUGGAAUAGUGGAUUGUGAUAGUGAUGGCUAAGUUUAGGCAUGGAGCACAAUGAUGCAUAGAAAUUUGUUUGGACUCCACUAACUGACCGUGUAUGAUGUUGAGAACCUCAAAAGUCCUUGCUAUUUCUGGUGAAAGAGAUUGGUUUCAUUGCUAUCGCAAUAAGGAAAAAAACCAAAUAGAAAUAUAUCAUUUGGAACAGAAUCCGAUUAGGAA